GUCAUGAACCACACCUUUACUGCAGAAACUAGUUUACUCUUUCAUUCCUGUCCUCCCUUCAUACACAUCUUUACAGUCUUCAUCUGGAAAGUCCCCUUCAUCUGAUCUGCUGAAUCACCGAGGACUAAAAGCAAGUGUCAUCAUGGUGAACUGCUGUGGUCUUGUGUCUGAAAAAAAUGAACCAGUUCCUCUGAAGAGUAUCUCUGUGGAGCUGCAGAUCAAGGAUCACGUGGCGUCUGUCUGCUCGAGUCUGCAGUAUCUGAAUGAAGAGGAUCGUCCUCUGGAGGCCGUUUUCGUCUUCCCGCUGCCGGCCGAGGCCGCCGUCUGCCACUUCAGUGCCAAGAUCGGUGAUCAGGAGAUCGUGGCUGAGGUCCAGGAGAAGCAGAGCGCGCGGGAUCAGUAUGAUGACGCCGUGAGCUCGGGGCAGCAAGCGUUUCUGCUGGAAGAGAGUGAAGAGAGUUCAGAUGUGUUCAGACUGAGUGUGGGCUGCUUGUCUCCUGGUCAAAAUGCCUCCAUAACCAUCAUCUACGUCAUCGAGCUCAGCGUCCAGGCCGAUGAAGCGCUGCGCUUCUGUCUGCCCGCUGUACUCAACCCACGAUACAAACCAGCAGCUUCACCAGCUGGUGUUCCAGAGGUUUCCUCAACAUCUGUUAUUCCUUACACUCUGUCUCUGAGUGUUGAAGUAAUAUCUUCAGACCGUAUCUCCAGACUCCUGUCCAGCUGCCCUCUGGAGCCUCUUCAGUACCUCGACAAGCAACACUGUCACGCCACGGUGAAUCUGAGUGCUGGUCACCGGUUUGAUAAGGACGUGGAGCUGUUUGUGUAUUAUGAGAAUUCCCAUCAGCCCACAGCUGUGGUGGAGGCAGGAUCCUCUGUGGCUCAGUCAGGGUCUCUGAUGGCUGACCCGGCCCUUAUGAUCAGUUUGUACCCAGAGUUCCCUGCGAGUGUGAUGUCAUCACUGGCGUCACGGGGCGAGUUCGUUUUUGUGGUCGACAGAUCAGGCAGUAUGGACUGCAAGAUGCAUCACGGAAAUGACGCACAGAUGCGCAUCGAAAGCGCAAGAGACACACUCCUGCUGCUGCUGAAGAGUCUGCCCAUGGGAUGUUACUUCAACAUCUACGGAUUCGGAUCCCACUUCGAGUCCUUCUUCCCUCAGAGUGUUGUGUACAGUGAGGACACGAUGGAAGAGGCUCUGAAGAGAGUGAAGAGCAUGAACGCAGACAUGGGCGGCACAGAGAUCCUACGGCCCCUGAAACACAUCUACAGUCAGCCCUGUUACCCAGAUCACCCCCGACAGAUCUUCAUCUUCACCGAUGGAGAGGUGUGGAACACUAAGGAGGUGUUGGAUCUGGUGAAGGCCCACGUUUACUCUCACAGGUGCUUCUCCUUCGGGAUUGGUGAGGGUGCAAGUACGGCUCUCAUCACAGGAAUGGCCAGAGAAGGUUCUGGACACGCUCAGUUCAUCACAGGCACUGACCGCAUGCAGCCCAAAGUGAUGCAGUCGCUCAGAUUUGCUCUUCAGCCGGCCGUGGAUAAUAUCUCUGUGGACUGGGCCGUCCCCAAAGGCAUGAAGGUGGACAUGCUGUCCCCUCCCAUCAAUACUCUGUUCCAGGGUCAGAGGGCGCUCAUCUACGCUCAGAUUAAAGGACGGAGUUCAGAAAAGAAAGAAGGAGCUGUAACCGUGAAAUACAGGCUGAAAGAUCAACCGGUGACUAAUCAGCUGCAGUUUACUCUUGAACCAACUGAGGACACAGGGAUGACGAUCCACCGGCUGGCGGCCCGCUCUGUGAUCCGUUCUCUGGAGAUGGAGGAACGGGCCGAAGGAGCAGACACAGAGAACAUCAGGAGCAGGGUCGUGGAGCUCAGUGUUCAGGCCCGAAUCAGCAGCGUUCAUACAGCCUUCAUCGCUGUCAAUAAAGACAGCAAACAGACUGUGAAAGGAGCGCUGCUGCAGAGGAGAGUGCCUGUGCAACAUAUGAUGGCUUCUAUGCAUGGAGGCGGUCGGAGAAUGUGUGGAAUGGCGGCUCCCAUGUUAAUGCAAUGUUCUGCUAGAUCAGCCAGGGCUCCACGAAUGGACAUAAAUUAUGCAAUCCCUAUGAGAGCAUGUAUGAUGCAAUCGAACAGCAUGAGGAUUGAAAGUGAUUCUGAUGAAGCUGAGCCCCAGAAGGACCCUUUACUGCAGCUGGUCUCUCUUCAGAAGGCCGAGGGAUUCUGGGAGCUCAACGCCUCAUUGGCUGCUGUGUUUGGGAAGACAGAGGACGAGGUGACCAAUCAGAAGGCAGCACAGGUGGACGGGUCAGUGUGGGCCACCGUCCUCGCUCUCAUCUGGUUAAACACAUAUAAAUCAGAUCAGCAGGAUGAGUGGCAGUUUGUGGCCAUGAAGGCGGCGUCAUGGAUCCGCUCUCAGAAACGGGAUGGCCUGUCUCAGUGUGUGUGUGACGGGAACGCUUUGUUUGGAUGUCAGGUGACUGAAGACACGCUGGGAAUCUGAAGACUGCAAACCCUGUGCUCUAUGAAGACAAAUGUGUUGUUUGCUCUCAUUUGUGUUGUUUCUGCUAUAAGAUUUAAACAGUUUUUGAAAAGAUGAACAUUUUGUAUAAGUGGCAGAGAGGAAUGUAAGCUUCGCAACCUUUGUUGUUCUACUACAUAUGAUUUUAGAAUGACAUAUUUCUUCACUAGCCAAAAUGAACUGACAUGUAGAAUUAUAGCUGUAAUGCAUUAAAAUAAGAAUUAGGUCAAACUACAGAAACAAUAACAAGAAUAAUAAUAUAGUCUGUAACUAUAACAGAAAAAUAAAUUUAAAGAGUCAUUUUAUUAGAACCAGUUGUUUCUAAUCUUGGCUGCUCAACUGACCCUUCACAGAGAGUUUAAUGAAAAGGUGAUCUGACCAAUCAUAAUGCUAAAUAUGCCAUUUCUGUCCAACAAACUUGAACUUAAAGUAGUGUGUAUUACGUAUGAAAAUCUUCAGGCACCUCAUAAUAAUCCAUUUCCAAAAUGUUUCUUCAUUCUAUAUUAUUUCCACUUAAUUCUUUUGCUGCGCAAAUGCAUCUUAACCAACAUUAGAGUUUCUAUGCUUCUUGUUUUUUAAAUAAUUUUAAAUAAAAGUUGAUCUUGCACAAAAUACGUUUUAUUAUAUAAGCAGGCUACUUUUUAAAACAAUUCUUUAUCUGAAUGUUUACAGACAAUAGUUAUGGGUGUAACAAAAUAGUUAUUGUCUUUUAUUUCCCCCGCUUUAUUGCCGUUUUAUUACUGAUGAGAUCAUAGACAGCUUCAUUCAGACUAAUGCACAGAUUUCUUGUUUUUUGUCCUGCCCUGAAAACAUAACUGACUGUGUGUACAUCAGUAGUUUCUUAAUGGUCGCACCUCAUAUUUCUAAAUUGGAUAUUAUUAGGAUUAUUGGACAAAGUGUGUUUGAGUGUUGUGAUGGAAAUAUUAAUAAAAAUGCUUUGCAAUUUUA